AUGUCCUUCUUCGACCCGGCCCUCAGGAAAUUCAGGACCAACUUCGACUUCAUGAUCCUCAACCUCUCCUUCUGCGAUCUCUUCAUCUGCGCGGUGGCUGCCCCCAUGUUCGCCUUCGUUCUCUUCUUCGACUCGGCCCGAGGUGUCCCGGGCACCUUCUGCUUCACCUUCCACCUCACCAGCUCCGGCUUCAUCAUUAUGUCGCUCAAGACGGUGGCGGUCAUCGCCCUGCACCGAUCCCGCCUUUGCCUGCCCAUGUCCAGCUUUGCCAGCGGCGAAGGGAAGAUCAUCCUCUACCUCUACAUCACCGACUUCAUCUGUUGCGUGGCCGUGGUGUCCAUCUCCUACGUCAUGAUUGCCCAGGCCCUGCGGAGGAAUGCCCAGGUGAGGAAAUGCCCACCCAUGGUGGCUGUGGAUGCCUCCAGACCGCAGCCCUUUGUGGGGCCCCCGGCCCCCGGGGCUGGGGAGGGCAUGCAGAGUACCGUGCCCGCCUUGUACAGGAACCAGAGCUACAGCAAGCCGCAGCGUGUCCAGACACACAGCUACGCCAAGGACCUCGGCCAGCCCCCGGCCACCACUGCCGGCCCGCUCUUUUUUUUGUCCACAGCCAAAGACUCCAGGGCCGUGGUGACGUGCGUUGUCAUCGUGCUCUCUGUCUUGGUUUGCUGCCUGCCCCUAGGCAUCUCUUUGGUGCAGGACACGCUGUCCAGCAGCAGUGGCUUUGUUCUCUACCAGUUUGAGCUGUGUGGGUUUACCCUCAUUUUUUUCAAAUCUGGAUUAAAUCCUUUUAUAUAUUCUCGCAACAGUGCCGGACUUCGGAGACGAAUCCUCUGGUGCCUGCAGUAUGCAGCCCUUGUCUUUUUCUGCUGCAAGCAGAAGACAAGGCUUCAGGCCAUGGGCAAAGGCAGCCUGAAAGUCAACAGGAACAAGUCAUCCCACCACGAGACCAAUUCAGCGUACAUGUUGUCUCCAAAACCUCAGAAAAAGUUUGUGGACCAAGCCUGCGGUCCUAGUCACUCCAAGGAGAGCGCGCUGAGUCCCAAGGCUUCUGUCGGGCAUCAGCACUAUGCACAGAGCAGCUCAACCCCCAUGAACACCCGAAUCGAGCCCUAUUACAGUAUCUAUAACAGCAGCCCUUCCCAGGAAGUGAGCACCCCAAACAGCUUACAGCCGAUGAACUCGACUUUUGGGUUUACCAAAUCCUAUAUUGCCAUGCACUAUCACACCACCAACGACUUGGUGCGAGACCAUGACAGUGCUUCGACUAAGCAGAUACCGGUGCCCUCGGUGUGA